AUGCUUCCUCUGCUGUCGCUGUAUGUGGGAGCCCUGUUGUCUUUAGAUGCAUCCCCAGCCUGCACACAGCCUCCCUGCAGGGACAGUCUGGUGGCUGCACCAAUCCCGCCCGGGACAGGAGCAGGAGUGGGUACCGCGGCCUGUGAGGGUCAGACUGGGACAACAGCCUGCAGGAUAGGGGUUUCACUUUCAGCCAUCUCAGACGCACCUCAGAGGGUGGAGCACAGGCAUGAUUUCCCCCAGGUUCAGCCUAAGACUGGAGGUGUCAAAGAACGUCUAGUUCAGCUGCAGCGCUGCAUGCGCUCUAUCCAGGAAACAGGAGGCCCCUGGAAUCAUGGGGGCCAGGAGAGCAACUCUCUAGGGGCCAUCCUGGCACUGAUGGCAGCUGUGCUGACAGAGUGUGACCUCCACUGUCAUAGCCAGGCCCUUGGAGCGAUGGCCAAACGACUUGAGAGUGCAGCUGUGGGAAGAGAGGGGGAGAAAGACCUGCUGCUUUUCCUGAAGAGCAUCACACAAUACCCACCCACAGUCGCCCCCUUGGAGAAGUUACAUCCUCAGGAUUGUGCGGAGAUUUACAGGCUCGGCAUCAAAGAGAAUGGAAUCUACACCAUCCAGCCUGACCUGCACAGGCCAGCACUGGAGGCUAAAUGUGACAUGGAGACGGCGGGCGGUGGUUGGACGGUGAUCCAGAAUCGGCAGGACGGUUCGCUGGACUUCAACAGGACAUGGCAAGAAUACCGGGAGGGCUUUGGAAGUCCACAGGGAGAGCACUGGUUGGGGAACGCGGCGCUGUACGCCCUCACCUCCUCUGGCCAACACCAACUCCGAAUCGAGCUGGAGGACUGGCACCAACAGAGACGCCAUGCUACCUACAACAAUUUCAAAGUAGCCUCAGAGGCACAGAGGUAUCGUCUGACAGCACGUGAGUACUCUGGAGAUGCAGGCAAUGCCUUGAGCUACAGCAAACGUUACAACCACGACGGCAGAUCCUUCAGCACUGCUGACCGAGACCACGACCGCUAUGCAGCUGGAAACUGUGGUCACUACUACGGUGCAGGCUGGUGGUUUGAUGCCUGCCUUGCAGCUAACCUGAACGGACAAUACUACCGUGGGCGCUACAGUGGGGUGACUAACGGUAUCUACUGGGGGACAUGGUACAUCCUGACAGACGGACGAACAGGAGAACGCUACUCCUUCAAGAGGGUGGAGAUGAAAACAAGACCCAGGAACUUUGUGGGGACAUCCUAA